UAUAUAUCCUUUCAGAGACUCGUCUGGAGCCCAGGAAGAAGCUUGUGUCUGAGUACGAGUCGCUGAUGGAAGUGGCGGCGCUGUCAGCCAGUCCAGCUGGCCACCUCUCCGGGCCCAUAGUCGUGGGGGGCAUCUUGGCGGAGGGGACUGUAGGGUUCAUGGAGCUCCUGGCUCAAAUUACAAGCAAAAGUACUUGAAGGGCGGGAACUUGAGGCUGCUGAGUACCCCCUUGGCCGAGGGAGGGCACCAGGCCUUCCUCACACUUGGCUUUACUCAGGUCAACCGCAAGAGUCUGGACUUCCAGAUCAAGUAUGGGUGCAGCCUGCAGCACCUCCACGGGGUAGUGAGCCAGCUAAAGGCCCACCUGGAGCAGUCUGGCAGCCUCAGCGCCCUGCUGGCCCUCGUGGAGUGAUUGUCUUGCUGUUUGGGUGACUUAGGAGGCUGGACAAGGGAAAGGGAAGGCAUGGUUAGGGUAGUGAUUGUCCUGCUGUUUGGGUGACUUAGGAGGCUGGACAAGGGAAAGGGAAGGCAUGGUUAGGGUAGUGAUUGUCCUGCUGUUUGGGUGACUUAGGAGGCUGGACAAGGGAAAAGAAUGCAAUCAAAUGGUCACAACUUUUUAACCCUUUAAAUUGGGCACAGGCAGAGACUGACGCUGGGUGUGGGUGGAGCAGCUGGAUACAUGGACCUUGCUGGGUGUGUGAGUGCCUCCCAAAGAAGAGUUCCCAGCGCCACGGCUCCCAAGACCUCUGCCAAGCUGGGCAAUGUCAGUCUGGUCAUUGGACACAAGUCGCGGCAGGUGGCAAAAGUGGACGUGGCUGUGCCCCAUCAGGACGUCAUUGUCUCCAGUCAUGCGGUCCAGCGAGUCACCGCUCUACCGCACGGCACUGACCCCAAGGACGUCCCGAUCCACAGCAGGGACGUGGCCACCCCUGCCAAGUCCCUGGACACAGCCCCAAGUGUUCCCUGGUGGGCCAUACUCGCUGGGCUCCUCCUCCUCCUCCUCCUCCUCCUCACCCUGCUGCCGUGGAAGGUGUCGGGUUCCUGCACAGGUGAACCAAGAUGGAGUCAUGGCUUUGGGGUGGCUUGCUAAACAUGU